ACUACACUCCAAAAAUAAGCGCGUACCCAAGAAAUUUCUCUCCACUUUUCUACCGCACAGUCACAGGAACUCAACUAACAUUCAAUUCCUUUACUUUGCCAUUCCCAUAUACUCUCUCUCUCUCACUCUCUCUCUCUCUCUCUAAAAUCCAUUCAGAAAAUUCUCACUUAAACUCUUACAAUUCCAAUUUCAUCACUUAAACUCUCCUCUUCCUUUUGAAUCUAUUCUACUGUCUAUCCAAAUCACCAUGGCUUUUCCAAUCAACAAAGGAGACUCUUCUUCCUCUUUCACCCACCAAUGUAGAUAUGAUGUAUUUGUGAGUUUUGGAGGUAAGGAUACCCGCAAUAAUUUUACGAAUAUUUUGAGAGGCAUUUUGAAUCAUCAUGGUAUCAACAUCUUCCUUGAUGACGAGCACUUAAGGAGUAAAAAAAUUUUAGACAAACUUUUCAAAGCCAUUGAAAGUUCAAGAAUUUCAAUCAUUGUAUUCUCUGAAAACUACGCAUUUUCCACUUGGUGUUUGAAAGAACUUGUCAAAAUUCUUGAGUGUGAAAAGAAAGGCCAAAUUGUGCUACCAAUUUUUUAUAUGGUGGAUCCAUCAGAAGUACGUAACCAAAAGGGAAAGUUUGGAGAAGCUUUGACAAAACAUGAAACAGAGUGCAAGGAUAAAAUGGAAGUGCAAAAAUGGAGGAUAGCUCUACAUGAAGCCGGUAAUAUAGGUGGAUGGCAUUGCACAAAAGACCACCCUCAAUUUACUCUUAUAAAAGAAGUUUUUGAAGUGAUCUCAAGAGUUAAAUUAAAUUAUACGAAAAUAUCUGAUGUUAAAUACCCUGUUGGAAUAGAUUCCCGUGUGGAGGAUAUAAAUUGUCUUUUAGAUAUUGAUUCAAAUGAUGUGCGUAUGGUAGUGAUUCAUGGCCUUCCUGGAAUAGGUAAGACAACAAUUGCCAAAGCUAUUUAUGAUUUAAUUGCAUAUCGUUUUGAAGGAAGUAGCUUUCUAGAGAAUGUUAAAGAAAACUCAAGUACAAAUGAUGGCAAAUGCCGAUUAAGAAAGGCACUUUAUUUUGAGAUAUUAGGAGGUGGAACUUUGAAGGAGCUUGGUGCAAUUAAAAGAAUCAAUAUGAGAAUGGAAAUGCCUCAGCACAAAAGAAUUCUUAUAAUUCUUGAUGAUGUGGACAAAUUAAUCCAAGUAACAGAUUUGCUUGGCGAAUGCAAUUGUUUUGCUUCUGGAAGUAGAAUUAUUAUCACAACAAGGGAAGAAAAAGUACUAUAUACUCUUCAAGAAGAUUAUCAUUUAACCUACUGUAACUACCGGCUCAAGGAAUUAGAUAAACAUGAAUCUCGUGAGCUCUUUUGUCAACAUGCAUUCAAAGAAAACAAGCCUAAGAAAGGUUAUUUAGAAGUCGUAGACCUAUUUUUAAGCUAUGCCAAAGGUCUUCCAUUAGCUUUGAAAAUAAUAGGCUCUGAUUUGUAUCCAAGAGAUGAUAUACGCUUUUGGAAAAGUGCAUUAAAUAAGUACAAAAGAAUUCUUAAUCCAAAUAUUCUAGAAGUACUCAAAAUAAGCUACGAUGGAUUGGACCAAACUCAACAGCAUAUUUUCCUUGACAUUGCAUCUUUUCUCAAGGGAUUACACAAGGAUGUUGUCGAGCAUAUACUAGAAAGUUGCUAUUCUUAUGGCUCAUAUUGUGAUAUUGAAAUACUUAAAGAUAAGUCUCUCAUAUUUGUUGAUAAAAAUGGCAAAUUAUCGAUGCAUGACUUGAUACAGCAAAUGAGUUUGGAAAUUAUCAAACAAGAAUCAAAAGUAUCAAAGAAACAUAAAAGGUUAUUAUGUUAUGAUGAUGCUUCCAAACUACCAGAUACGGGAUUAGAAGAAGUUGAAGGCAUAACAUUGUGCUUACCACAACCAAGAAACAUGCAGCUGGAUUUUGGAAGGAUGACAAAUCUCAAAUACUUGACUGUUCGUAAUUUAAUUUGUGAAGAUGUUAUAUAUCUUCCAAAUGAGUUAAGGUUAAUUGAUUGGAAUGGAUUUCCUUUACCUUCCUUGCCAGCCACCAUUAAUCUUCAAAAGCUUGUUGCACUUAAAGUGCCAGGAAGCCACAUUAAAUUAGAUGAGCCUUUUGAGAGAUGCCGGCUCCCAGCUUUGAAAUAUAUGGAUUUCACUUACUGUAAAAACAUUACCAAAUUACCUGACUUAUCGGUGAUUGCCCCAAACAUAAAGAGGCUGGAGCUUGCAAGAUGUAAAAAUUUAGUUGAGAUUCAUCAGUCUGUUGGACUUCUUGAAGCGCUUGAAUAUUGGGGUCUCUAUAGAUGUGAAAAUCUUAAAAUUAUUCCAAGAAUUCUCAAGUUGAAAUCUCUUCAAUGGUUUUGUCUCCAAGGCUGUGAAAGUCUUUGGAAGUUCCCCGAUAUUGGGCAAAGUACGGAAAGAUUAGCUCUACCUUCGUUAUUACCAAAUCUUAAUCUCCUCUAUAUGUUUGAAUUUGAAAAUUUUCCAAAGAACCUGGAUAUUCCUGAUUGCUUCCCCAAAUUGAAAUUGUUAUAUGUUAUGUUCAGCAACAUUACUACCCUCCCAGACAUCUCUAGUAGAUUUCCUCAAUUAAAGGGUCUUUAUAUUGAGAAUUGCCGUAAUCUUCAGAAAAUUCCAAGACUUCCAUCAUGUAUACAUACUGUACAAAUAGUAGGAUGCAAAUCGUUGGAUUCACAAUCAAGCAGAAGAUUAUUAAGUCAGUUUGCAGAAAAGCUAGGGCUUCCACGGAAUAUUGUAUGUCCAAGGGGAUCAUCGCACCGGGACUAUGCUUCUGAAACUGACUUUCCUCAUAAUAAGGGCUUUUCAUUAAAAAUUGAUGGAAAGUUGUUAAUUCAAGGAAGUAAGAUUCCAAAAUGGUUCAAUCAUCAAAGUAGUGGAAGUUCCAUAUCAUUCUCGGUCAGUCGGAAACUUCUUCCAUCAUUUGCUUUCUGUGUUGUAAUACAAGUGCAAUCGAAGGAUAGGUAUAGGGGUUAUAUAUCAGGUUACUAUGCUAUCAACAUUUUCGUUGAUGGUUAUAAAGGAUUGCACUCAUCUACUACUACAUAUUUUCCAACUCCACCAUCAUCAUCAUCUUAUUCUUAUCUAUGGGUAUUCUAUAUAAGGGAUAGUUCAUUGGAAGGCAUAAUUCUAAAUGAAGGGACUGAAGUUAAGCUUCAAUUUGAAUUUUCAAAUAAUAAUCCAGAAAUAGCCGAAAUUACUGUAGAAAAGUGUGGGGUCCAUGUAGCAUGCACAUGUUCUCCUCAGAACUCCGCUGCAGAUAAGGUGGCCUGCAUAAGAAUUCAAAAAAGAUUAAAGAUGUCCUCCCCUUUCAGCAGAAGCUGGGCGGAUGCUCCAAAGCUCAAGAUGGCUAUUAUUGCCCUCUUUGUGAAAUAGCAGAAGAUUCAGUUUUACAUCUAUUUCAAUGUUGUCCCUUCGCCAAAGGAUUGUGGUAUGGUGGUAGAUGGGGUUUUCGAGUCGAAAUGAUCCAAGCUCAAUCUAUAAUGGAAUUCGUUGAACAUAUAAUUGAUCCCCCAAUGGAGUUACUGGCACAAAGAGUGAACAAAGAUGAAUUCACACUGUAUGCAGCAGCGGCAAUGAAAAUCCUUUGGGAUGCAAGGGGGGAUGCUCUGUUUUCAAACCCUAAAGCCAGCAUAGACCAACUCGCCCAUCGUCUUAACAAACAGUAUGACUUAUACGUGAGAUCACUUGAGAUUACACAGGGAACUGAAGACCAAAAUAAUGAGAGUGUUUGGAUAGAUAUGCCUAUUGGUGUACCGGAAAUACAACACCAAUGUCACCCGACCAACACCAUCCCAACACCGAUAUCUUCAAUGGCCCAGCCCUUUCUAAAUGAGGACGCUGACUUCAACCCAAGUCCACCAUUGAAGAAAAUGAGAACUCCUUGAUUGAACUUCAAAGAUAUAUGCCAAGAAAAUAUCAUCAACUUCAUUGUAAAUCCAGCUUGCAAGCCCGGCUGGGAAUGGAAGAGCACAAUGAAGGAUAUUUCGGCUUUGGCUUCUUCCUCAUUUAUGGAUGGGUUUUGAUAAUAACGUAGCCCACAGCCUCAUAAGAUGGGCGCUGGGGUCAAAUUACUCAUCUUCUUUUGCCUGUAAACUUUCCGACAACAACAAUGAUGGCCUUGCCCUCCAAUGCUGCUUCAAUCCAUAUCUACUUUCAAAGAAAUGAGAACCUCUUGAUUGAGCUUCUAAGAAUAUGCCAAGGUACAUUGAAACAUUCUCUAUUAUGUUUUUAAAUAUCAGGUAUGUCUCCUCCCUAAGUUUUGUUGUUUCAUUUCCAUCUGUUAGUUCUUUUAUCACUUCUCUCUCUCAAAUUAACUGGCUCAUUAACAUCAUGGGUAUCGAUCCAAUUUGAAAGGACAUUAUUUAAAAAGAAAAACCAGAAUUAAUGAAAAAUAGUCAUUUGAUAAACACUUUUAAGUUGUUUUAGAAAAAAACAAAAAAAUGUUAAGUUAUAAGGUGAAUGUACAGUACAAGUAAUAUAUUGGCAUCUAAUAAACUAUACAAAGAAAUUAUUCAUUUAAUAUGCAGCUAAAUUCAGUUUCUUUUAAUUGUUAAAAUUUUCUAAAUUUUUUUUUAGAAAAAAAAUUUUAAAUGUCAAUAGACAAGUAUGUGCUGCUAAUAAUCUAAAAAAAAAAAAUUUGGCUUUCUUAGCUCACUGAUUUUGUUCAACAUAAUAUGAAAGUCAUUUUCUUUCUCAAGUGGCAUAUGAUUUUUUAAAUUGACAAAGAUCAAUAUCUAGUGGGUUGUACUUAAAAGGUUACUUGUUGGUUGUAGCUGAAUUAGGAUUAUUGGAUGAUUUGAGCCUAACUUGUAUGGUUAAAAAGUAAGGUAUGGUCUUUUGACCAAAUUGUACCUCCUACCAAAUCAUUACGUGGUGGAAUUGAGGUCUUGGUUUUAAUUUUAUGUGAAUAAGGAGGUAUUAUUUCUGCAAAAAAUAUUAUUUUCAAAAAGAAAGUUAGACUUUUAAAAUACUACUAAAAAAAAAAUCAAUUUUUUAGAACAAAAGUUAUGAAAACAAGCUGAUAGAAGUUCAUUGUAUCAUUUUCAUAAUCUCUCUCUCUCUUUCUCUCUUAAGUUACUUACACAUCAUGGGGGACAUGAGUAAGUUUCUUGCCCAUUACCCCAUAUUGUCUGAGGUGUGAUUUACUUUUGGCAAAAUAUGUCUAUUUGGACUUUUGUCUAUCAGUUUAUUGCUGUUAAGACCAGUUCUGAAAAUUCAUUACAUGCUAAGGUUCAGAAUAUGGUAUCAUGUGUCCAGCCUCUCUUGGUGUUGCUCUUUUUGAAGGAACUCAUGUACAAAUACAGUUUGUUACCCCUAAGUUCACAUGAUAGCAUACUAAUACUCUGUAAUUGGAAAUAUAAUUUGAUGUCAUUGUAAUUUUAGCUGGUAUGAUUUAAAGCCUUCUGCAUUGCUGUUUUGUUAAAGUUUUAUAUUAUUCUUGUCAAACAAAUAACAGUUAUUACUCCUUGUGUACUUGAACAUAUCCUACAUUCGAGACUAACUGGAAGCUUUCUCUUGAAUUGAUAUCCCUUAGCACUACGUUUUACCUUCACUUCACCUAAUGCAGAAAGUCACGCAUUACAAAUGAUUGGACUUAUUGGUUAGUCUUCCAAGAAGCUGAGAACCUUUGCUUCACUAGCUGCUCUCCAGAAAUUGGAAUUCACUUGAAGAGCCUACAAUUGGUCAGCAGAAAAAUGCAAGUCCAAAGCAAGCAUUCCAUUGCCCCCAAUUUAGCCUCUCAACACUGGCAAACUGCUGCAGAAACUCCACCAUCACCAGUUGACGGACUAUGAAAAGAUGAAUGCUCUUAGCAAGUGAGUGAAAAGGCAAAGGCAAGCUUCAAUUUCAAUACAAGUACCUGAUUGCCCUCACAGAAUUGGCAUAGGCCAUUGAGUGCAGAUUGUUGUGUCUAACCCAGUGUCUCACAAGUAAGGAGGUCUUGAGGCAACACAUGAUCAUCCAUCAUGCAUUUCAGAGAAUAAGUCAAAGCAGAGAAAUAGCUAGAGGCAUACCCAAAAUUGACACCACCACAAUUGUGACUAAGGGAGAGACAAUAUCAACAGGUGCAUUGAAAUAUGUUGGUGCUGAAAAUCCCUAAUUAUGUCCACCAUGAUGUCUCUACUUUUCAAAUUUCAUGGAUUGCUUGAAGUUAUGGAAAGAGAAAACAGCAACAACCAGAAUGUCAGCAACUAUAAUACUCCCACCAUGAUACUGCCCAUCUUUCCAGCCAUGCUGUUUGAUACCAAAGGCCAAGAGAGUAUAGCACAGGCCAAAAGUACAAUAACAAGAGUGUCCUAAUCUGCUUCAAAGACAUAACUGUAAAAGCCUUUUGCAGGUGCCUUUUGGUACUUAUUGGUACUGACAUAAUAUUAUGGCAAUAGAUUAUGGUUGAAAUUUUGCUGAAGUGUUUGCUCUAUUUUCAAAAUAUCUACUACUUCCUUUAUUUGUGAGGUGUGAGAAUGGGUCAAUAUUUAACACCUGUUUUGGAGGCAGUGUUUGCAAUCCUUCCACUUGGUCAGCAAACCAACCCAAGCUCACCAAUAGAAUAGUUAUGUUUCUGUUAAUGAAGUUUACUGUUGAAAGAGUUAUAUGUUGUUAAAGUUGAAGAUAGUUGUGCAGUUGCAAUCCUGCCUCUUCUUGUGCAUAAUUGAAUUGGCAUAGAUGUAAAAAUAUCCAUAUGUACUUCAUUCAUUCAAAUAAUGAAAAUUAUUCCAAUUUCCUCA